AGGAAAUAACACAGCUCUAUAAUUUUUGCUCUCCUACUACUACUGUUCUUAGUGCUCUUCUUAGACAAUCAAGGACACAUUACGCCUGAGAUUGUAAUAGGUAGCCACGUGACUGGUCACUUCAGCUACAGUCAGCCUCUGGUCGCACUGUUCUGCGUUUAGGAGCCACCUCCAAAGUCAUGUAUACCCUAUUAAGUGGUACUUACAAGUACCUAACUCGGAGAGAAGAAUACUAUGUCAUGAUCAUCGGUCUGGACAAUGCAGGAAAAACGACCUUGCUGGAGCGUAUUAAGGCCCUCUUCUUAGGAGUACCUGCAUUGCCUCCGGAAAAAAUAGCACCAACAGUGGGACUUAACAUCUGCAAAGUGGAUAUCAAAUCAGCCAGAAUAAAUUUCUGGGACCUUGGCGGCCAAAGGGACCUACACAGCAUCUGGGCCAAUUAUUACACAGAAUGUCAUGCCAUCGUAUUUGUAGUUGAUUCUACCGAUAAGGCUCGUAUUGAAGAAUGUAAAGAGACAUUCGAAAAAAUUAUCAUGAACGACAAUGCUGAAGGACUUCCUAUUCUUAUGUUGGCCAACAAGCAAGACAUUGAAGGAGCUCUUCGUGUAGAGGAGAUCAAAGAAGUCUUCAAUCAAAUUGCUCUCAAGCUGGGAGCUCGUGAUUCCCGGGUACUACCAAUUAGUGCGCUUGAAGGGCACGGCGUUCAGGAAGCUGUAGAUUGGCUGUUUUUACGCUUACAACGUAACAAGAUCAAUCGCCCACCAGUUUUCCAGUAGUAGAUUGUCCUUAUUUUAAUUGUAAAUAUAAGAGUCUUUUCCAUUAUAUUCUUUCGUUCUAUCUCAGAUUGGGCCCAAGGUGCGACACGAGUCGGGACCCAUAAUCUUUUUUUGGAAGCAGACAAAAUUUGAUCGUCC